GUAGUCGGGAAUCUGCUUUUGUACAUGCCAUCUCCUCCGCUGGAGUUGUUUUUGCCAUCACCAGGGCAUGUAGCCAAGGGGAGCUGAAAUCCUGCUCCUGCGAUCCCGAGAAGAAAGGCUCUGCCAAGGACAGCAAGGGCCAUUUUGACUGGGGUGGCUGCAGCGAUAACAUCGACUACGGCGUUAAAUUUGCCAGAGCCUUUGUGGAUGCCAAAGAACGGAAAGGAAAAGAUGCGAGGGCGCUGAUGAACCUUCACAACAACAGAGCUGGAAGGAAGGCCGUGAAGCGGUUUUUGAAACAGGAGUGCAAAUGUCACGGUGUGAGUGGAUCAUGCACUCUAAGGACCUGUUGGCUGGCCAUGGCAGACUUUAGGAAAACAGGAGAUUAUCUGUGGAAGAAAUACAAUGGAGCGAUUCAGGUGGUCAUGAAUCAAGAUGGCACGGGUUUCACUGUGGCUAAUAAGAGAUUUAAGAAGCCAACUAAGAAUGACCUGGUAUACUUUGAAAGCUCUCCAGACUACUGUAUCAGGGACAGGGAUGUAGGUAAUAUUGGGACUGAAGGGAGGAUUUCCCGAGCAAAACUUAUGAAGCGUCACGACUUGACCAGGAGACAGCUUCACACACUGUAA